CUGUCUGCAGGCAGUUGUGGGCCCACCUUUGAAGUGGCAUCCCAACGCUGGAGUAACUCAGCGGGUCAGGCAGCAUCAAAGGUUAUAGAGGAGCUAUAAUCUUUGGGCAGCAUCUCUGGAGAAAGAUGGUCGAGACCCCCCUUCAGGCUGAGGGCCAGGGUAGAGGGAAACUGAGAGGUAUGAAAAGACCCGUGGACCUUUCCUAUAAUCUACUGGACGGCAGAAACACAGACACUCCCCUGGUCUUCCUGCAUGGACUCCUUGGCAGUAAAUCAAAUUUUUAUUCGAUAGCCAAAGGAUUAGUUCAGCGGACAGGCAGGACGGUGAGUUAUGUGGUGACAGUGGAUAGCCGUAAUCAUGGUGAUAGUGGACACAGUCCAGUGAUGACUUAUGAAGCAAUGAGUUGUGAUCUUCAAAACCUGCUGGACAAGUUGGAACUCCCUAAAUGUAUUCUAAUCGGACACAGCAUGGGUGGCAAGACCGCAAUGACAAUGGCACUUCACUGGCCGGGAAUGGUGGAAAAGCUUGUGGUGGUGGACAUCAGUCCGAAUCGGUCCGUCUCGAGAAGAGUUUUUCCAGAUUACUUUGCUGCCAUGAAAGCAGUAACCGUGGACGCUGACUGGUCAAGGUCCACUGCACGCAACCGAGCUGAGCAACAGCUUCAACCAUUCAUUGAGGAUGCCCACACCCGGUGGUUUAUCUUGAGUAAUCUGGUGGAACGUAAUGGCCGAUAUGUUUGGAGAGUUAAUAUAGAAGCUGUAACAAACAAUAUGGAGCAUCUCAUGGGCUUCCCAGAAUUCAACACUCCUUUUACUGCCCCGACUAUCUUCCUGGGUGGCGCCAACUCUCCAUACAUUAGCCCCAAGGAUUAUCCUGAGAUCAAGCGACUGUUUCCUAAUUCUAUUAUUCAACAUGUUCCUGAAGCUGGUCAUUGGGUCCAUGCUGAAAAACCUCAUGACUUUAUAAAUGCCAUCUGUGCAUUUCUGGAAACCAGUUAGCAGACAACAAUGGACAAAAUAAAAACUCCCCGUGGAGAUCUUCACCAGAUUGUGAUUUCUGCCAACUGUCCUCCCUGACGCUGUUUCCAAAGUCCGUUUUGCACUUUGUACAACUGAUGUAAGUUAAUGCGGAAUAGAAUGAUAACUCCAAGACCAUACUGUAACUUAAUUACAUGUCAUGUGUUUGAACACAAA